UCUGUGACUGACCGAUUUGACAUGGAAUUCGUCUAAUGUCAAUAACGGCAUCGGACACGUUCUUUUAGUCAUCGGAAAAGGAAAGGAAUGUUAGUGUGACGUCCAUUGCUACUAGAGACCGAAAUCAUCUCUGUAUCUCCAUGGUUUUCACAGAAAUAAUUUUUUUGAGGGGAGGGCCACAUGAUCAAGAUUCACCUGGCUAAGUGUUGGUAUAUUUUGUUAAAAGGGACGAAUCAAAUAAAACGUCCAUCUUUUUUCGGGAUUCCUAGACCACCCUCCUCCCUGCACUGUUACGCUUCUUUCAAUUCCUAAUACAUGCACUGUCACACUUUCAUAGACCCUUCCUCUUCCCUAAAUGAUGGACGUAAGUUUUAGAUGACCCCAAUAUAUCAGUACGUCAACAUUUUUUGGCCGUGCUGUACGAAGGCACUGUGUGAAGGACUAGUUUUUCUCAUAAUUAUUGUCCACUUUGUAUGAAAAUUUUGUUAUUUGACAUCGAGCUUUUAGAGUACGACUUGAGGGGUUUUCAGAUUGAUAAAUGAGCUACUUCAACCCUGAGAAUUUUUUGAGUCAUGCAUUAUUGAUAAGGGAAGGAUCCCACAAGCUCUUCAAACAUUUGUAGACAUGUCCAGAAACGUUGAAACAUGACACAUUAUAUUUCAGACAUGCUUAGAAGACCUUUUCAUUUGGCAGAAUGUCGUUUAGCCGAAUGCCGUUUGGCCGAAUGCCGUUUGGCCGAAUCACGAACAAAAAAAUCAAAUUGCCUCAACGCUGAUGAGUAGGAUUUAUAAGUGUGGUCCAAUAACUGAUCAGCUUAUUAAUUUUUUGAUAUUGAUGAUGUGGCCGAAUGACAUUUUUGUUACUAUAUUAGUUCUCUUAGGGCCAACAGCUUAACAAUAUGAUUAAACUAGGUUUAAGGCCUAAGCGGUGGUGAAGAAACCACUUAUAAAAAAAAUAAUUCAAAAUUCAGGACAAAGUUGUGUACUCGUGUCAAGCCUCUAAGCUGCUGAUAGUUUUUUUUUUGGUUGUCAACGGUGUGCUAGGGUUUUAGAGUGAUAUUCAUCAGAAACUUUUCCUUCAUUGAAAUUCAUCAAGAACGAACGUCGUAUGAAGAAGCGAAGAGUUUUAGUCCAAUUAGCCUGACCUCUUUUCUCCUGAGAAUCGCAUUAUCGAUCAUCACAUGGAUUCUGAUUUCUACCCAUGUGAAAUAACGUUCUUAAAAUAUUUUAUCGCAUCUUUCGGAUAAUUUUGCCCAUAUAUCAGAUCCAUUAACUCCACUGUGUUAUUGAAUUUCGGCCAAUUCUGACAACCAUAAACAUCUGCUUGUUGACUGCCGAAAGCAAACUUUUCAAAGUACACCGUUAAGAGGUUUACAUUUAUUUUAAACAAUUAAAUUCAAUCACUCACAUGUUAAAUUUAAUCGUAUAUUUUUUACUGUUAUUUAUUACAGUAGUUCAAAAGUAAUACUUAGAUGAAUUUUUAGACGGACUGUAAUGAUUGACAUAACUAAAAAAUUGAAGAAAUAGCUUCAGGAAAGUUUUGCAUUGAGACAAGAUGUAGUUCGUUGAAUUUGUGUAGGUCUUUCAUAUUUUAAGACAACUAGUUUUUGAUUUCCCGCUAAAAAGUACGCUUUAGUCAAAUCAUUAUUGCUUCUUGAGUCAUAAAAGAACAAAAUACUCAAAUAAAAUUGAAGUUUAUUUUGUUGAUUCCGAUCUGCUGUGGAAAUUCCAUUUAAAUCAUACCAGUUGCUCUUAAACCUUCAAAAAAUGUAUACAAUUUUUUAAACAUAAAAGCUUAAUAUAAUCAUCAUAGUAUAUAAACUGGAAAACUUAGAAUGUACAUGAUGCUAACGAAAUAUUUAUGAUUCUUGAAAGGAAUAACUUUUUGUUUCCGACCUGACCAAAGUCGAUCCAAUGACCAAUAUGACCUUGGAUUUAUAGACCCUCAAUAUUCAAUGUACUUGUUCUUGAUGAGAAAUUACAUACUGUUGAGACAAAAUCAUUAGGAAACAUGAUGAAAUGAUUCCACUGAAAUUCAUGCAAUCUACCUCUCACAGUUGAUAGUUCCGAACAAACCAACGGUUCGGAUUUUUCUCAGCACAGAAUGAAAACCCACGCCUCCAGAAAUGAAAUCUUCUCUCUUCAACCCCAAAUGAACGGAAUUUCCCAUCUGGAUAUCUAACUCAAUCUAGAGACGGGCCCAUUCAUCACCUUGUGUCGUGAGAUGUAGAAAAGAGAACGUUUUGGCGUCUCGCGCCAUGACAUCAAGCCUCACUUAUCUAACAGGGUUCAUUCACUCAAAGACCGCCUCCACUGCGGGGGCUCAAGCGCGCGAAUUCUUAUCAACUUGUCCACUCCUCACACGUGGAAAUGGAAGCGAAAGCAUUUCGUCGUAUCGGAUUCAUCUACGCAGCUGUCUGUUUCCUGGCUUCGACCGUUGGUGCGAUUUACUUUUUCCGAAAGUUGGUCAAAAACGAACCGAUUUGCGUGGAUUAUUUCUGUGAGAAUGAAACUGUGAAUUUACUGUCCAUUGCCAUCAAUAUGGUCAUGUGCACGAUGUCCAUAACGUUUGCUCUAUUCGUGAAAAUAGGAAUAGACGAGGCCAUACCGGGAUACAUUCACAUCAGCCGAGUAUUCAUGCUCACGCGAAGCAUAAUCCUCAUAAUUCGCUGGACGUACGAAAGCGUUGUUCUGAGGGUGUAUCAAAUUAGUGGAGAUAAUGAUUCCAGCAUUGCGACAGCUGCAACCACUGCCACGGUGCUUCUAAUAACUAUGUCAGCAAUUUGCGGUUUGGAGUUGUGGGUCCUCGAUGGUGUUCAACGUUAUGUGGCGCAGAGGGCUCAAGAGGACAUGCGAGACGGAGAGGUUUAUUGAAUAAGGAAGCUUUCUAAGAAGUUACACCAAGGCUGUGAUAGUGUUCUACUAAAAGAUUUGAGAAAGUAUGUUAACUAUUUUGUGCAUUUAAAACUGUGAUAUUAUUAUAUGGUGUUGUGAUUAUAUGAUUAUUAAUGUGAUAUGAUUAAAAAUUUAAAUAAAGCGUUUAAGUGUUGAUUUUUAACGAAUAACCAUUUCCG